AUGGCCUUCAAAUUCUCGCUGGGUGCGGCCAAAGGCAACAAGGCACAGCCCAAUGCAAAAGCAAAGGCUGAAGAAGAGGCAAAAGAGCGGGAGGAUAAGUUGGCGCUCGACAAGGUCAUGGCCGACUUUGAGGAGGAGCACAGCGGCAAGAAGGGUAUCUUGGGAGAACCAGAGCGCGAUCAUGGGGAUGAAGAGGACAUAUUUGUUCCUACUGGCAGCAAGCGACACUUCACCGGGCGCCAGCGAUCUAUGAAAAGCGGGCCUGGCACUCUCGACUCCGAACCGUUCGACGGAUUCUCGAGACAAGGCGCUGCAGGCCGACGAGCACCACAAGCGCAGCAGGGAUUCGGCAGAAAUGUUCCUACACGUCCAUCAGGCCUCGAUAGGUCUCGGCAAGCAGAGAACGUGUACACGACGCUCGUAGCGAAAGCCUCAAACCUCCCUCCCACAAUCGACCCCCACCGAGUCGAAGAACUGUUUGCCGAUUAUCCAUCGCUCAAAGUCACAAAGGUCGAGAAGAUACCUCCCCAGGGUCCUGCGACAAAGGGUCGACCAUCGGCGACUAUGAAGGUGGUAUUCGAUAAGGAUGCUCCGGCGCGAGACCUUGACGAGGCUAUGAUGAGGCUGAAUGACAAGAAAUACCUGGGCCGGGGUUACUACCUACACUUGGACAGGUAUCUCGGCGGCAAAGCCGCAGAUACAGCGCAGGUAAAAGAGCCCUUCGGUGCGCGCUGGCAGGCUCCAGAAGUCCCCAAAGGCUAUGCUCCACCUCCCGACCUUGGAGGCGGCAACAGGGACGGCCCGCGCGAAGAUAGAGAUCAGCUGAUCGUCACCGCAAAUUUACCGCCAGAUGCCGCGACCAUCAGACUCAUCCACCAGACUAUCGAGGGUGUCAUACUAGGCGGUAUCGAGUUCGAGGCUGCGCUCAUGAAUGAUCCACAAAUUCAAGACGAGGAACGAUUUGCGUGGCUCUAUGAUCAAAAACAUCCACUCAAUCGGUACUAUCGAUGGCGGAUGCAUCAGGUUGUUUGCGACACAUCGAAUGCAGAGAUCUUCGACUCACAUGGCCUAUGGAACGGUCCGACGGAGCCGCUCGCCGAUGAGUUCGCAGGAGAUCUGGGCUCGUUUGACCCAGUGAACGAAGAUUCGGACAGUGAUGAGGAGGAACAAAGAACAGCGCACAAGCCCCUACCCAUUGGUGACAACUACCCCGGUCGUGUUGAUAAUGGUUAUGGGAUACUCAGCCCUCGCUCACGGGCGCUGCUGCUUUGGCUAUUGACAUCGCUCCCACCCGGAAGCAUUGUCGCGGAUGACAUUGCCGCAGUCUCUGCCUUUGCAGUUGAGCACGCUGCGCACGGCAUGGACGAGGUCGUCGACAUACUCCUCGCAAAUGUAGUAGCACCAUUCCAGCUGACAGAUGCCAAUACAAAGAAGCUGGCGGUAGACACCGAGAGCAAGGAUGAUGCAAGACGCCUCGAUGUACGGCAAGUAACAUUGAAUGCACUCCGUAUCGUGCAUGACGUCCUCUUCACAACGUCGAAAGAGUCUGGAGUAGCCUACAAGUACCGCCUAGCUAUCGGCACCCAGCUCGUGGAGCGCAAGGUAUUUGAGCACCUCGAACAACUCCCCGCGCAAUUGGCCAUGGGUCGUAUGACAGAGAGGAGCUACCGAGACGAAGUGAAUGUCAUUCUCAAAGUCUGGGAAGACGAGUCGUUCUUUGAAAAAGCUACGCUAGAGCAUCUGGACGAAGUGUUCAACGCGCGAGAGAGGCAAAAGGAGGAGGAGGAGCACGAGAAGAAGCUGGCAGAGCGACGCAAACGUAAGCUAGCUGCAAAUUCCAGCGCUGUGAAGAAGGCCGAGAAGGUCGAGAAGAACCAGGAGGCCAGUGAUGUGGAGGUGGUGGAUGAGGGGCAGACUCCCGAUGAUGUGGCUGAGGAGGUCGGAGAGGCUGUUGGAGAGAUGCAGCAACCAGCGCACACACCAGAAACUGAGUCGCAGCCACUUGGUGCUAUCAUCGAACAUCCGGCACCACUGGAACCCACCCCAGAGCAAGCCACGAUCCCAGAAGAGAUUCCCGGAGAGACUGCAGCUGCACGGGCUCGUAGACUGAGACCCAAGGCAGAAGACAUGUUUGCUUCAGAUGAAGAGUGA